AUGGCUGAUCAGCAGGAGAAGACUGCUUCUUCGGCUGUCCCCGAAACCCAGCCUCCUAGCCAGACUGCCGAGACCACAACCCAAACAACCGCAACCCCAGCUCCAGAGGUCCAAACAGAACAGACGCAACCCACGGAGUCUGGUCCGAGCGCCGCCAACACUACAACUGAGCAACCCACCAACCCACCUGCCGCAGAAGCUUCGAAGGAAAACGCAGCUCCGGCUCCGGCCCCGGCAGCGGAAGAUGCGCCAUCGGAACCUGCGCCCGCACAGGAGCAGCAGAAAGAGGAGAAACCUGCAGACAAUAAGCCUGAGUAUCUGGCCAAGAACCCUGCUUUGAGUCAGCUGUUCGAUCGUCUGCCUACUGUGCUCUCCAACAGUGGUCAUGAUGAAAUGUGGGGUGUCCCCCUCAGGGAUUCCAGCGAUGUUCCGACGGUCAACGUUCUGAUCAAAUUUCUUCGUGCUAACGAGGGAAAUGUAAAGCUGGCCGAGGACCAGCUGACCAAGGCGUUGCAGUGGCGCAAGCAGACACGUCCCACCGCGUUGGUUGAGGGUCGAUACAGCGCCAAGAAGUUUGGCGGAUUGGGAUACUUGAGCACGUACAAGGACGCCGACGGCAAGGAAACCGUUAUCACCUGGAAUAUUUAUGGAGGUGUCAAGGAUCUUGGUACUACGUUUGGAAAUGUGGAUGAGUUCAUCAACUGGCGUGUUGCACUCAUGGAACUUGCCGUCAAAGACUUAAAGAUGGACCAAGCUACGUCGGUUAUCGACUACGAAGGCGAGGAUCCUUAUCAGAUGAUCCAGGUUCAUGACUAUCUGAACGUCAGCUUCCUACGCAUGAACCCCAGCGUCAAGGCCGCUACUAAGAAGACCAUUGACGUGUUCGCCACCGCCUAUCCAGAGCUGCUUCGGGAAAAGUUCUUCGUCAAUGUCCCCUCUAUCAUGGGUUGGAUGUUCGCGGCGAUCAAGGUCUUCCUGAGCAAGAACACCACCCGCAAGUUCCACCCUAUCUCCAACGGCGCCAAUCUGGCAAGGGAGUUCCCACCUGCCGUCAAGGAACAGUUCCCCAAGGUCUACGGUGGAAGCGCUCCUGAUCUUCAUGAGGGCGCUCGUACGGUCGCCCUUGAGGAGGACAACGAGCCAGCUCCCGCCCCCGCUGCCCCCGCGGAACCUACCGAGGAGGCCAAACCGGAGCAAGAAGCACCCAAGCAGGAACCGGCCCCGGAGGCCCCAAAGGAGGAAGCAAUCAAGGAAGCCCUGGUGGAGGCUCCGAAGGAGGAACCCAAGCAGCCAGCUGUCGAAGAGCCGGCCAAGACUGACACGGCCGUUACGACUCAGGAGACAGUGGCUCCCGCUGAAGCCAAAUAG